CAGAAGGGCAGGACCGCAUCCCGGAGCUGCCAGAAGUAGCUAGCUCUUUAUCCAGACGUAACCUUUUCCUGUUUGGUUAAUAUUACCAAAGAGAGCCUUUCGGGGCUUUGCCGUCAAGGUUACUCCACAGCCUCACCUGGAAAUUUAAGUCUGAAUCGAGAGGCAACACAUCUCAGAGCGUCUGCCGACACCUCGGAUAAAGUGACGGACGGAGCAGAGCCUGCUCUCCGGGAUUUUACAUCGCAUCAGUUUAGGAUAUUCAGGCAGCUACUUUGGCCCAGCCUUGAUCUCUUUCAGGGUACCUUCACACAAUAUUGCCUAGAUGAAAACAUUUGAAUGAUACAUUUCUCAUAAGGUCGUCAAAAUUGAGCAGGCGGACCACGAAACCCAUGCGUAACAGCGGGGGGAUUUUUUUGGAAUACUGCGUAGCCGCUAAACCUACCCAGUGUGUCGGUUAAGAGUUCUGCUAUUUGGAGAUAUCUUCAAGCGAGAGGAAGAUCAACCGGGACCCUGUACCUACUUUGAUUCGGAGGCUAAACGGUGAAAACCCGAAGCACACUUGGUGCGCAAUCCUUCUGAGGACGCUCUUGAAAUUGCCGACCUGCGCUUUUGCCCUCGACAAAAAUUGGCAGCCGAAUCGAGAAAAAAAGGCAAAGCUUAUUAACUUUGCAUGCUAGAGGCUAGAGUGUGGAAUCUAAUUUGCAGGGUUACCGCUACAUUUGCAUACCGUCGGAAGACGAGGAUAAACUUAAUCAACAUUUGACAUCGACAAAGCAGCAUCUGGAUUUUGGGGCAACAGAAUGAAUCCGUUUUAAUUUGGACCGCAGAAGUAUGAGGCAGAUUGCUCAGUGAAUGCUACGAUCUGCAUGGAGUUCUAGUGUACACUACGGAGCAAUUUAUGGUUGGCCGCAGAACUCCCCCGGCUGUUGUACUGUGCCCACCUCGCCAUGCUGGCCUGUUUGCAGAGGAGGCAAAACCCUCAACCCCAGCACCCAGUGUGUGCCAGCAAGACCCUGGAGCCACCACAAGCCCUUGGACGGAAAUGUGAACUAGUAGUGCCCACACACUCCCCUCGCUACCCCACUGCGGCAGAACUUGAUGCCUAUGCUCAGAAGACAGCCAACAGCCCGCUGUCCAUCAAGAUCUUCCCCACCAACAUCAGGGUUCCCCAGCACAAGCACCUUAACCGGACUGUAAAUGGAUAUGACACCACAGGCCAACGCUAUAGUCCCUACCCACACCUCCACACAGGGGGCUACCAGGGUCUCCUUGCUAUUGUUAAGUCCUCCUCCUCGUCAUCGUCAUCAUCGUCAACAUCCACCUUCAUCUCUUCAAAAGGUGUUCUCAAGAACUCCGAAGGCAGACGGACUAAGCUCUCUCCAGCCCACAUAGCUGUUGCCCCAUACCCGCCCCCUAGUAGUAGCACUUUAGCCAGUGGCCAUGGCCAAAUGGUAUACCACACUGGGCCCUCAAAGCCUCCAGAAGGCCCCAGACUGUCAGUGCCCCCAAAUGUCACUGUAGCUGGCUCAGUGAUCCCUGUAACGGGGGGCCGAGGCCUGGCCUUGCCCACGCAAUCCAACCUUCCCUCCAUUCAGAGCAUCAUCUACCAGAUCAACCAACAUUGCCAGGCCCAGGCUCUGCAGCAGGUGUGUCAAGGGGCUGCCACCGCACCAUCGAAUUCCAGCCCUUCCAAGCAGGGCGCGGCUGUCAUGGGGGUCUCUUCUAACUCCUCCGGUGGAGGCUAUGUGGUAGGAAUGGGUCCCCAGGCUAACAUGGUAUAUACAGGUCAGGGGCUGCCGGCUCAGAACUCAGAGGCGAUGAAGACUGGUGUGUACGCAGAUGGUAUGGACUAUAUACUAUGGCAGAAGCAGCAGCAACAUCAGCAGCAACAGCAGCAGCAACAGGCUGUGCUCCGCAUGUACAGUGGAGGCAGUGGAGGAGGGGGCGCCAUCAGCAAGUCCCCGGAAACUUGUGUUCCAGGAGGAGGGAUUAUGGGUGCCCAGGUGUCCUCCUCUUCUUCUAGACCUUACCACCUGACUGCCAGUGCCAGUGGAGGAGGCGGGCUGGACAAAGUCAGCUCUUCCCCUUUGAACUGCGUGGGUAUGCACGGAAACUUCUCAGUGGGUCAGUACUUUGCGCCGCCGUGGAACAGCGUGCUGGUGACACCUGACAGUGACUGCUACAAUCCCCAGGAGCUUUUGGGCACCUCCACCGGAGGGCCGGCCACAGGGCACAGAGAGAUGGGCUACCCUCACCACCAUCACCACUAUCACCAUCACCAUCACCACCCUGCUAUAGACAGCGGGGGAGGUUUGUGCUGCAGCCUGCCCAGCAAAAGCUUGUGCAACACGUCUGUGCUGAGCAGCAGCUUGCAGUCUCUGGAGUACCUGAUCAACGACAUCCACCCACCCUGCAUCAAGGAGCAGAUGCUUGGCAAAGGCUACGAGACUGUGUCUGUGCCACGUCUCUUAGACCACCAGCAUGCACACAUCCGCCUCCCUGUUUACAGAUAGAGGGGGAAGUAAAGGAAACGAAUCAAGAGUUGUGAAUUUGUGAAGAUUCUCCAAGUUUAAAAAGAAAAAAAAAAAAAAAAACCAGAUGUUUUUUUUUGGGAGGGGGGGCAGGGGGUUGAUGCGAGUGCCACUGCUUUAACUAGUGUGGGUGCUUAGAGAAGAGCAGUUGUCGUGCUGUGUGGCCCUAGGUUUGGUGGUUUCAAGGUAGGCUGUGGAAAUCCCAAAUACAAAAAGUGGUAGUGAUUGCCAGUGGGAAUGAAAAGGGAUUUCAUGAUUCUCCUGAUGUUCCAGCUUGUGGUUUGCCAAUAGGAUUUUGAAUUAAUUAUAUUUUUGGUCUCCUGUUUUUGUUUUGUUUCUUGUUUUUGUUUUUUUCUCAUGCCUGAACUUGUUUUGACCAGAAUCAUAGCUUGACAUGAAGUGCAUAAGCCACUUGUAUCCCCAUUCUAAAUACUAAGGAUGAAGCUACUGUGUAGGUUGUCACUGAAAUGGUCACAAAAGGGCCAAUAUUUAGGGCUGCUCUCAAAAUCCAAACUCUGUAACAGUACACACACGUGAACACGUACAAAAGACAAAAAAACAAAACAUGUACUGACAAGUGAGAAGACUAUAGGCUGUACUCGGGUGUUAUGUACAAGGAUCAUAAGGUUGAGUUAAAAGGCUAGUACGAUAUUAGUUAUUAUUGCUGUUAUAAUAAUUGAUACAUAAAUUGCACUGCUUGAAUUUUGUUAACUUUGAAGUUUGGAAUUGGGUAGUUUGGAUAUGAUAUAUUUAAGAAACUUGAAAAACUUGAACCUAUUUUUUGUUGUUUGAUAUAUUUGUAGGUAUAUUAUAUGUAUUUGGCUGCUAUGGGGAAAAGUGUCUCAAAUGCUUGCUUUUUUUUUUUUCAAUUUAAUUUUAUUAUUUUCCACUUUUUGUUUUGAUGACUUAAUAAUUUCUCCUCUGGCUGACGUGCAGUUUCUUAUGUCCUGGUGUGAGGCAUAGUUGCUGCUUUGGUUCUGUAAGAACCUGUUUGGAGAGCUGUUUUUUUUCCUAACCAACACUGGAAUCAUACAAUACAAUAAAUACUUAUUUAAAAAGAAAACAUUGCAAAAAAGAAAAAAAAAACAUUACAAGAAAAAGAAUUGUUACAAUGAAGAAUGUGACUGGGAGGUUAUCUGCAUAACCUUACAUGUAUGUUAAUGCGUGUAUGUGGCUGAGUGCAUGCGUGCGUGCUUUGUCUUUUUCUUUUUUAAAUUUGUGUUCUUCAAAAUCCUCAGACUUUUUUUUUUCUUCUUCUUCUCAAAUUCUGUCAUUACAAGAUUUUUACCACCAAGACCGAAAGACUGAGUCACCGGUCCCAUAAACAUUAUAUCUGCAUAAUGUACGGGAGAUGGUUUGCAAAUUCAACCCCUCUUAUUUAAUUUUUAUUUUCGGAGGCUUUAGAUUUUCAGUGGAGCUAGAGAGCAUUUUCUCACGUGACUCCUUUAUGACUGUAUUUACAGCACUACAGCCUCUUCAUCUGUCAGGUGCUAUCAUCAUGAGAAAGUGGUGGAAACAAAUGGAGAUCAUAUCUUCGGGGUGCUAUUCACCCCUAAUCCUGCAAACAAAAACAAAUGAAAACAAUCAUGCCCUGUCCUCUGGCAUCAGAUGAAAUGAGACUCAAAGCUCACUGCUUUUCAUUGUCCAUUUCAGCCCCUGGUUGGGAUGCGUUUAGCCGAGGCCAGUCUUAACUUGAUGAUUCAGAGCAGUGAAAUAUUUAUUAUGACUGUGAGAUUCCCUUGAAUGUACUGCACUUAAAUUACUGCGAUGUUUUAUUGCCUAGUGGGACUCAAGUGAAAGAGAAAAAUUGGAUCAGUGCAGCAGUCCUCUGGUCUUAAAUUAGCAUUUCUUUUGUCAGUCAAAUUUGAGUAGUAAAUUGAAUUUAUUAACUGCAGAGGAAGAAAGAACCAGAGCUUUGUUGUGGGGAAAUACUGGCAUUAGUCUAGAUUUAUGAAGUGCAAUUAUUAUGACUGUAUUAACAUUUUUUUUCUCUGAGCUUACACCAAAAAAAAUGUAAACUACAGUUGUCAAUACAUUCCCAAUGUACCACAUCCCUAAUCCUUAUCCAUCUUUUGUUUUGAGGUGUAAAAUAAAUUUCUUUAAAAAUGUA